UUCACUAACUGUCUCAUUUUGCAUUUAUAUUCACAUAAUCUUCCUACUUCCCUUUGCUCAAUCUUCUUCUUCUUCUUCUUCUUCAUGGCUCAUCACCUCUUUCUCUUUCUUUUCCUUCUUCUUCUUCGUUUCACCAAUGCCUAUUGGCCCCCCUCUCCAGGCUACUGGCCAAGCUCCAAAAUCAGGUCCAUGAGCUUCCACAAAGGCUUCAGAAAUCUCUGGGGUCCUCAACACCAAUAUGUUGACAAUAAUGCAUUAACAAUCUGGCUUGACAGUACUUCAGGAAGUGGGUUCAAGUCAAUUAAGCCUUUCAGGUCAGGCUAUUUUGGAGCUUCCAUUAAGCUUCAACCUGGUUAUACAGCAGGAGUUAUUACAGCCUUUUAUCUUUCAAAUAGUGAGGCUCAUCCAGGGCAACAUGAUGAAGUGGAUAUUGAGUUUUUGGGAACAACAUUUGGGAAGCCUUAUACAUUACAAACAAAUGUUUACAUCAGAGGAAGUGGAGAUGGAAAAAUCAUUGGGAGAGAAAUGAAGUUCCAUUUAUGGUUUGAUCCCACCAAAAAUUUUCACCAUUAUGCAAUUCUAUGGAGUCCUAAAGAUCUCAUAUUUUUUGUUGACGAUGUGCCCAUAAGGAGGUAUCCAAGGAAGAGUGCAGCAACAUUUCCCAUGAGGCCAAUGUGGGUAUAUGGUUCAAUUUGGGAUGCCUCAUCUUGGGCAACAGAAGAUGGAAAAUACAAAGCUGAUUAUAGAUACCAACCAUUUGUAGCUAAAUAUACCAAUUUCAAAGCAGAGGGUUGCACCGCUUAUGCAUCUGCCCGGUGUCACCCUGUCUCCGCCUCUCCAUACCUAUCCGGCAAGCUAAGUCGGCAACAAUAUUGGGCAAUGAGAUGGGCUCAAACUCAUCAUAUGGUAUAUGACUAUUGUAAGGAUCCCAAAAGAGACCAUUAUUUAACACCAGAGUGUUGGAAAUUAAAGUAAACUUAAUAAUUGUUGUUUUUUUUCUUUGAUUGUAUUUCUCUCUCUAUUUUUGUUUUGGAUAUUUGAAAAAGGGUGUCCUGAAAUGGAUUGAAAUUUUUAUUCUUGUUAUGGAA